UCACAAUCUUCAAGUAAAUAAUGACUGGACUUCGACUUCGUCAAUUAGAGGAUUAUCUACAGCAACUGGAUGUGUUUGAAAACCCAAAAGUCACACUCGAGCAAUAUGCCACCAGUGCACAUAUUGCUGCACAUUUGUUGUACACUGCACAGUCGCAGUUUGACGAUAUAAAAGGUAAAAGCGUGGCUGAUCUGGGUUCUGGAUGUGGUACAUUGUCGUUAGGUGCAAAGAUGCUUGGUGCUGAAUAUGUACUUGGAUUUGAGAUAGAUUCUGAGGCAGUUGAUAUACAACAUAGAAAUUGCAGUGACAUCGAACUUUUUGUUGAAGUCGUACAGUGUGAUGUGUUGCAAUAUUUACCAGGAAAAUUUCAAAAAUACUUUGAUACUGUUAUAAUGAAUCCACCCUUUGGUACUAAAAACAACGCCGGCAUUGACAUAAAGUUCCUGGAAGCAGCAAUCAGGCUUUCGUCUAAUGCGGUUUACUCUCUGCAUAAAAGCAGCACACGAGAUUACGUUCUAUCAAAAGCGACACAGCUCGGCGCAAGAGGAACAGUGAUAGCUGAACUCAGAUACGAUUUGCCGAGGGCUUACAAAUUUCACAAAAAAGCGUCUGUCGAUAUUCAGGUGGAUUUUAUACGAUUUGAAUUAAAGCGUUAAUUCAUUUAAAAAAAAAAAA